UACACAAGUAAGUACUCGUUCAGAUUAUUUUCCAACUGCAUGUCAGAAAUAAUACAAAUGCAAGAACAGAAGGGUUAUGUCUGCUGUUUGCUGACUAAUAAUAUACCUGUGGUUUUCAUGCACGCAUGCUUUUGCAAAGUGUAUUUUUCAUGUAUUGUUUUUCUACUCACCCUGUCACUCACAGAGCCAGAAGCAAGCUAAAACCUUCACAACUUCCUUAUUCCUAAACUAAACUGAAGCAAACGGGAACUGGGCCUUUUAAGUGAACAAAUGAGCAGAUUAACGACUGAGUGAGGAACUUAGAUUAGUUUUAUUAAUGAAUUUACUUAUUUAUUUAGUUUUUGUUUUUAUUUAUUUUGCUAUAACACCAAUUGAAGUAAAGCCAUAAGUUGAGCCCGAAUCCAGCUCCUGAUGAAAGUGGUCCUUUGACAACAGCAUAAGUCGGCAGUAGAGAUCAACACUUGUGUUUUGCCCUGUGUGUCAGUUUGAUUAAUAUAAAUGAUUGUGAUUAGAAGAAAACUAGUUCAGUUUAUCUGGCACAGUUGUGGUAAAGUUUCUGCUUGAAAUCAAAAGCUGUUUUAUUUACUUGAAAAAGAAAAUGUUUUGAAGCCAGAACACAUUUUCUAAAAAGUUAACUAAAAGGUUCAAGUAGAUAUUUCAAAUAAGUUUGUGUUACGAUUGACCUUCGGUUAGGAUUAUAGCUACAGAGAUGGCGUGCCUCUGGUUUCCAGUGAAAGUAAUGCAAAACGUAAAAUAUCACAUCAUUUUCACUCAACACAUUUUUCCCGCGGAGCCUGAUGUAGUCAGUAGUCUCACUGAAGUUACGACUUCCUCUAUAUCUGUAAACUGCACUGAACUCUGUGGGGAAGCAGCUACUUCUUUAAUGUGCAGUGGACAAAUGGAACCACAACCAAUAAUGCCACUGUCACGAACACCAGUAUAACCAUUACUACCCUGACUGCUGGUGUCCGUUACCAAAUAAACAUCAGUGCUGUAGCUGAAGAUGAAAUUACUGAAGGAUAGGCUGUCUCCUUGUCUCAGUAUACAGGUAAGUUGUCAUUACGGUAUGACCAGAAGACCCGGUUAACCUGUUGGGGAUAUUGUUGAUUUAUUUAAUUACCAUUGUGCAUGCGGUGAUGUAGGGCUGGACGAUAUAGAAAAAUUGUAUAUUGAUAAAAAAUGUUUAUAUUGAUCAAUAUCGAUAAUUAUUGAAAAAACUUAAAUAAAUUGUAGAAAAUAUAUUUUACAUACAGCCCUGGCCAUUUUAUUUUUAUUUUAUUUUAUUUUUUCUCCACCUGUUCUCGCUGCGACAUCUUGCUGUCUCGUGCUUUGUUUUGGGUUGAUGGCAUGGUGACGUAGCGUGACCGAGUCUGUGGUUUUGAUUGGUUAGGAGUAAGUGGUGAGUCUAGUAUGCUGCUACCUGAUAGGUUAUAAUGAAAAAAGGAAACUUUUUUUAAUGAAAUAUUAUCGACCCAUUUUUUUUCUGUUGCACCACGUCAUGAACUAUUGAAUUAUCGUCUAGCCCUACAGUGUUGUAUGUCCUAACGGUAAUCAAGGGUCCCACAGUCAAUGGCUGCACUGUAUGCUUGACCAAAGCAGCCAAACUAUGCUUUAAAUUUAACACCUAUAAUUUUAACCUUUGUUUCCCAAAAUGCACCCAUAUCUCUCACUUACAGAGCCUGAUGUUGUCAACAAUCUCACUGUGAGUGCUCUUACAAUAAACUCUGUGUCUCUAAACUGGAUGAAGCCAGAAGGAAACUUCCUAUUCUACACUGUAAUGUGGGCAAAUAACAGCCUAAACCAGCAGAGUAGCAAUGUUACAACCACAUAUGUAACCAUAUCUGAUUUGACUCCUGGAGUGGAGUAUAACUUCAGUGUCACAGCAGUGGCUGGAGAUUAUACAACUAUUGGAGAAGAAACAACAAUCUCACUCUACACAAAGCCUGAUGUUGUCAUUAAUCUCACUGUGAGUGCUCUUACAAUAAACUCUGUGUCUCUGAACUGGACAAAACCAUGGGGAAACAACUUAUUCUACACUGUAAUGUGGGCAAAUAACAGCCUAAACCAGCAGAGUAGCAAUGUUACAACCACAUAUGUAACCAUAUCUGAUUUGACUCCUGGAGUGGAGUAUAACUUCAGUGUCACAGCAGUGGCUGGAGAUUAUACAACUAUUGGAGAAGAAACAACAGUCUCACUCUACACAAAGCCUGGUGUUGUCAACAGUCUCACUGUGAGUGCUUUCACAACAACCUCUGUGUCUCUGAACUGGACGAAACCAGAAGGAAACAACUUAUUCUACACUGUAAUGUGGACAAAUAACAGCCUAAACCAGCAGAGUAGCAAUGUUACAACCGCAAAUGUAACCAUAUCUGAUUUGACUCCUGGAGUGGAGUAUAACUUCAGUGUCACAGCAGUGGCUGGAGAUUAUACAACUAUUGGAGAAGAAACAACAGUCUCACUCUACACAAAGCCUGAUGUUGUCAUUAAUCUCACUGUGAGUGCUCUUACAAUAAACUCUGUGUCUCUGAACUGGACAAAACCAUGGGGAAACAACUUAUUCUACAGUGUAAUGUGGACAAAUAACAGCCUAAACCAGCAGAGUAGCAAUGUUACAACCACAUAUGUAACCAUAUCUGAUUUGACUCCUGGAGUGGAGUAUAACUUCAGUGUCACAGCAGUGGCUGGAGAUUAUACAAAUAUUGGAGAAGAAACAACAGUCUCACUCUACACAAGUAAGAACUUUGUGGUUGUCUGGAAGGAAACUUUAUUAUGACUAGUUUUUUGCAUGGUGUUUGCCAUAUGGCGAAAGGAUCUUACCACUUGUUUUAGUAGUUGAAUUACAAAUACAUUUUCAUUAUUGAUUGAUUGAUUCAUUGAUUGAUUGAUGAUUUUUUUUACUAUAUGUUAAGUAACUCAUUGAUACGAACCAUUCUCAUAUAAAACUGAAGGGACAUAGGCAUAGAAUGUGGAAUGUUGAAACAAAAAUAUAAAGUUGUUUUCUUGCAUUUGUCUAAAUACCUCAGCCAAUAAAAUGGCUCGGUCCAAAACAAACUAUUGGACCACCCAGCUGUUACUCUCAAUGGGCCACCACACUUUUGCAUUUACCUGAGUCCUCCACACAUCAUGCACUUUUCCAAUUUGCAGCAGAACACCACUGGUUACACACACACACACACACACACACACACACACACACACACACACACACACACACACACACACACACA